AUGAACAACUACUCCUUCCUCGACAGCACGGGCAACGUCGCAAUGCCUCGGUCCGCGCCCUCGCCCUCGCCCUCGCCAGCCUCGCCAAUGAACGGCGCUCCGCAGCAGAACGGCAUCCCCAUGGUCAACGGCCUGCCGUCGGGGGGCCAGCAGACAGACAUGAACCAUCUGUGGGGCGUGGUGCAGCAGCUGAGCCAGAUUCUGGAGGAGAACAAGGCGCAGACGCAGGGCGUGCUGAACGGGGUGCAAGCGCUGCAGCAGCGCGCUGCCGAGGAGGGUGGGAUCGAGGGAAGCCGUGUGGGCGCGCGGGAAGUGAAUGGCGAGAUCAACGCAGCCUCUCGCGCCGCCGAACUCACCACGCUCCAAUCCCGCCUCACAGCCGCCGAAUCCACAAUCCACGCCCUAGAAACCUCCACCGCCUCCCUCACCUCCCUGGUAACCGACUACGAAAACGCGCUCACCCUGCUCCUCGACAAACUACGGCCCUACGCAUACAACCAGACAACCUCGAUCCUCGCCCUGCACAAGCACUACCAGUCCCUCCUCGAGCAGGAGCGCAGCACGUCGAUGCAGCUGCGCCUCGAGCACGCCGAGUGGCAGGCCGGCCUGGGCCGCGUGGCCGAGCACGCGCGCCAGGCGCUGAAGCUGCAGACGCAGGCCGAGGAGCCCCUGGUUGCCGAGCUGCGCUGCCUGAAGGAGGAGAAUCGCGUCCUGAGACGCUUGGCUGGCUGGGAGGAGAAGCCUGCUGGCAGUGAUGACGACGAUGACGACGACGACGAGAAGGCGUGA